AUGUCGUAUAAUCCAUUACUGAAUGACCCUUUCCGCGAUCAAGAGCUGUCGCUUUUAGCCAUUGAACAACCCAAUACUGUUCAAAUAGAGCCAGAUACUUUACAGAACAAUGAUCACAAACCAGACACUGCUCAUGACAGUAACCCUAGUGAACCUGCGAGUGGUUCAAGUGCAGGUGAACCAACAGACGAAUCUAACCACUCUGAAGACGAUGACGAGACAUUCGAUCCGAUCCAAUUCAAACAAUCAGAAGAUUUGGAACGCACAAGUUUAGACUCGUAUACCGAUGAGUUUGGUAACUCCUAUGAUCAUGUUGAUUUCGAUAAUAAACGCUAUACAUCGAAAUUGAGAUUCAAAGGCACAAAGUUGGUGUACUUUACCUCGGCGUUUGUUAGUUUGUUUGUGAGUUUGUUUGGAUAUGAACAAGGUGUAUGCAGUGGAAUAUUAGCCUUUGAUACUUUUAACGGGUACUUCAACACUCCACUGGCAGCGAUCAUUGGCCUAGUUAUCUCAAUAUUGGAGAUUGGUGCCAUGGUGAGUUCAAUCUUGGUUGCCAAGAUAUCGGAUAAUUUUGGAAGAAAAAGAACUAUAUUGUUGGGUACAUUUGUAUUCAUGAUUGGUGGAUGCUUACAAACGUUUUGUCCCAAUAUGUUUGUAUUCGCUAUUGGUAGAGUGUUUAGUGGAUUUGGCGUUGGUAUCUUGUCUACUAUUGUUCCUUCAUACCAAUGUGAGAUCAGUCCCAGUGAAGAAAGAGGCAAAUUGGUUUGCGGCGAGUUUACAGGUAAUAUUACUGGGUAUGCAUUGAGUGUAUGGGUUGAUUAUUUCUGUUAUUUUAUCCAGGAUAUUGGCGAUACUAGAACCAAGCCUCAUCUGUUUUUGGCCAAUUUGAGUUGGAGAUUACCUUUAUUUAUCCAGGUUGCUAUUGCGUUUGUCUUGUUUCUUGGUGGAUUCUUUAUCGUUGAGAGUCCUCGUUGGCUUUUGGAUAACGAUAUGGAUCAACAGGGUUUCAAUGUAUUGAGUUUGCUAUACGACUCGCACAUGCUGAGUAAUAAGCCCAAAACUGAGUUUUUCAUGAUCAAAAAUUCAAUCUUACAAGAGAGGAAACUUACACCAAAGUCAGAACGUACGUGGAGACAUCUCUUGACACAUUACAAGCGUCGUGUUUUUGUUGCUUGUUCGUCCUUGAUCUUUGCUCAAUUGAAUGGUAUCAAUAUUAUUUCAUAUUAUGCACCGUUGGUGUUUCUUGAAGCGGGCUUCAAUGAUUCAGGUGCUUUAUUGAUGACUGGGAUCAAUGGUAUAAUCUAUCUCUUGUCGACUAUUCCACCCUGGUUCUUGGUGGACAAAUGGGGCCGUCGUCCUAUUUUGAUUACUAGUGGUAUUGCAAUGGGUAUUUGUCUUACCUUAGUGUCAAUAUUUAUGUUAUUAAACAGAUCCUACACACCAUCGGUUGUUGCAGUAUUGGUGAUCAUCUACAAUGCCUCAUUUGGUUUUGGUUUUGGACCUAUCCCCUUUUUGUUAUCUGGGGAAUCGUACCCUUUGUCUGUCCGUUCCAAAGGUGUUUCCUUGGCUGUUUCAUGCAAUUGGCUCAGUAAUUUUAUUGUUGGUUUAUUAGCACCAAUAUUGAGACAAAACAUUAAAUGGGCGACUUAUUUGUUCCCUGCUGGGUCGUGUGUUAUUAGUGUUGUAUGUGUUGUAUUGUUUUACCCAGAGACCAAGGGAAUUGAAUUGGAGGAGAUUGAUGAAGUGUUUGAUGAUUUUUACUCAGUGCUGCCGAUGAAACGGACUAUUGGUAGUUUUGCCAGAUUUGCUAGUAAAAUCAAAAGACGGAAAAAUAAGAAUAAGCAUAAGAUUAAGGGAAUUAAAAUAAAGGAUAAACAAGGGAGAAGGAUGAAUGCUGCAUAUAAUAGACUAGUGGAGGAAGAGGCAGCAGCAGCAGCAGGAGGAGCAGCAGGAGGAGUGGAAGACGAUGAAGAGAGGUUGCAUUUACAACAAUAUAGACAAGAACGUAGUGGAAUAGGUGGAUACGGGCGUAAAGGAAAAAGAGAUUGGUUAAAAAGGCACGGUGGCUCUAAUGGGGAUGACGAUGCUACACUUGAGAUGGAGGCCUUGAAUAACAUGGAUUAUGAGCAUGACGAUCGUUGA